AUGGGUGUUCCAGCAUCAAGUAAUACGCAGCUUCAACAAAUGUUACAAUCGGCUGUGCAAGCAGUUCAGUGGACAUACAGUCUUUUCUGGCAUUAUUGUCCUCAACAAGGGAUAUUAGUAUGGCUAGAUGGGUAUUACAAUGGGGCUAUAAAGACUAGAAAGACGGUGCAACCAAUGGACACAAGUGCAGAAGAAGCUUGUCUUCAGAGAAGCCAACAGCUGAGAGAAUUGUACGAAUCGUUGUCUGCCGGAGAGUUGAAUCAACCAGCAAGAAGGCCAUGUGCAGCGUUGUCGCCGGAGGACUUAACGGAGUCCGAGUGGUUUUAUCUCAUGUGUGUCUCUUUUUCCUUCCCUCCUGGUGUUGGGUUACCAGGGACGACAUUUGUGAAAGGCCAACAUACAUGGCUAAUGGGAGCAAAUGAAGUUGAUAGCAGAGUAUUUUCUAGAGCUAUUCUUGCCAAGAGUGCUCAGAUACAGACUGUGGUGUGCAUACCUGUAAUGGAUGGUGUGGUGGAGUUAGGAUACACUGAAAGAAUUCAAGAGGAUUUAUCUUUGAUUCAACGAGUAAAAUCUUUUUUUAGUGAUUGCUACCACCAUCACCAACUUCAUAGAGAAUUGCAAUUACAAUCAAAACCUGCUCUCUCGGAACACUCUACUUCUAAUCCAACAGUCUCAUCCAACCAUUCUCAUUUCCAGUCUCCUCUUACCCCUUACGCAUAUGCAACCACAAUCCUAACACAUACGCCUAAUGGUGGAUCCAUCGACAAUGAUGAUGAAGAGGAGACCGGAGUAGAGGCUAACUCGGAUUCUGGCGACCAAAUGAAUCUAGGGCUACCAAUAAGGUUGGAAUCAGGUUCUCAAAAAGGUCGAACUAUCAUUCCUUGCUCAUCUGAUGAACCUAGUGAGUUGAUGCAAAUGGAAAUGUCUGAGAAUAUACGACUUGACUCCUCUGAUGAUGUUUCCAACAACCUUGACUUGGAUUUUCCCUCAAUGGAUGUGGGUCCACCGUCGAGUCGUCAACAUAAUACACAUGACUCUUUCAUGACAACUAAGUUAGCUCGAAGAUGGCCUGUUAUGCAGCAGCAGCAACAACAACUACAAGAUCCACUAAUCAUCGACAAUGUUCUCCAACCUUCUCUUACAGACAUGACUCCAAUGGAAGAGGUUUCCCAAGAGAACAGGCACUACUCCCAAACAGUUUCAAUAAUCCUCAAACUCCAGUCUAGCACCUCUGCAGCGUCGUCCUCUCACCUCUCCUACUCUCCGAACUCUGCCUUCUUGAGUUGGAAAUCAAGAACCCACCUCUACCACUCCCCAGUGGAGGGCACCUCACAGUGGCUUCUUAAAUACAUCCUCUUCACAGUCCCUUUCCUGCAUUCCAAGUACCGAGACAAGAACGUUAGCUCCCCUAACACAACCCUGCAGGCUCGUGGUAAGGCCAGCGGUGGAGCCUCCCACGACGAGCUCUCAGCCAAUCAUGUGUUGGCCGAGCGUAGAAGAAGGGAGAAGUUGAACGAGAGGUUUAUCAUCUUGAGGUCGUUAGUACCUUUUGUGACAAAAAUGGAUAAAGCCUCUAUUUUGGGGGACACAAUUGAGUAUGUGAAGCAGCUUCGUAAGAAGUUGCAAGAACUUGAAGGGCAUACAAACUCUGUGCAGGAGAGGGAUAAGAGGAAAGUGAGGGUGGUGGAAGAAGGCGGAAACAGUAGUGAAAUCAGGGCGAAGGUGUCGGGGCCAACGACGACCUUGUUGUCGCAGCAAGGCAAUAUGCUGGAGGUGUCCAUAAUUGAGAGUGAUGCACUGGUAGAGAUGCAGUGCCCAUACAAGGAAGGAUUGUUACUGGAUGUUAUGAUGAUUCUCAGGGAUAUGCGCGUACAAGUUACUACAGUGCAGUCAUCCUUACACAAUGGCAUCCUUGUAGCUGAAUUAAGAGCUAAGGUUAAAGAAAAUGUCAACGGAAAGAAACCAAGCAUAAUCGAAGUCAAGAGGGCUGUGAAUCAAGUUAUACCACAAAGUGACCCAUAGGUUUGAAAUACAUCAGAAUAUGCAACUAUGCAGUAUGCAUCUACACUCAAACUUCUCUACGUAAGCUUGGCCGAGUUAAUCAGCUUUGGUUCAUAACAUCUUUUUUGGAUGUUUAAUCACGAAUGUUGUAUAGUAUUAAAUUACAAAUGUUGUAUAGUAUUAAAUGAAAAAUGUUGUAUAUAGAAAGAAGAUAUCACAAAGGCUAAUAUAUGAUGGUGCUACAUUGAUUGUCAUACAAAUGUUUUGUUAUUUCAUA